UCCUCGGCCACCAUCUCCGGGUUUCGGGGCUGAACGUCCACACGGAGCAGCAGGCCGCCGCUCACCGAGCAGCUCCACAUAAAUGGGACAGAAGCAGCGACGCUCAGCGCUCGUCUCGGCCGCCUCGGAUCGUCCUCCUCCGGGAUGUGGCUUCGCCUGCUGCCGCUGCUGCUCGGCGCUCUGAGCGCCCGGGCGGACUUCUUCCAGUUCGACAGCCUCUGCAACGUCUCCACGUACUAUUUUAAUUACAUUUAUUGCAACAUAUGGGAGGGGGAGUGUCAGCCGAACCAGGACGAUGCCUCCCAGCAGGUUCCUACCAGGGAUCUGUGGGCAGGUUUUCCUCAGGACUACAUGAGCCUGCUACACCAGUGGUACUGUAGUCUGGGUCAGUGCUGCGAGUCUGGAGACUGCAGGAUCACCAACAACAUCACAGGUUUGGCCAGAGACCUCCAGACGAAGCUCCACGGGCAGCACCUGGCCCAGUCGGUGGUUCUGAAAGCCAUCCAGGGUUUCAUCAACAACCCCGAGUCCAACAAGCCGCUGACGCUCUCCUUCCACGGCUGGUCCGGCACCGGCAAGAACUUCGUGGCCCGGAUCAUCGCCGACAACCUGUACAGGGACGGGGUGAAGAGCGAGUGCGUCCGGCUGUUCAUCGCCCCGUUCCACUUCCCUCACGGCCGGCUGGUCGACACGUACAAGGGUCAGCUGCGAGAAGCGAUCAGGGACAUGGUGCUCCGCUGCCCCCAGACUCUGUUCAUCUUCGACGAGGCCGAGAAGCUCCAUCCAGGCCUCAUCGACGCCAUCAAGCCCUACAUGGAUCACUACGACAACGUGGAUGGAGUCAGCUACCGCCGAGCCGUCUUCCUCUUCCUCAGUAAUAUCGGCGGUGCAACAAUCAACGACGUGGCGCUGGACUUCUGGCAUUCUGGUCAGAAUCGAGAGGACAUCGGUAUGGAAGACCUGGAGCACCGACUGCGAGCAGAAACGAUGGAGUCUCAAGGUGGUUUUGCUCAGAGCGAGCUGAUGUCUGGCCACCUGGUCGACUUCUUCGUUCCCUUCCUGCCUCUGGAGUAUCGCCACGUCAAGCUCUGCGCUCGAGACGCCUACGCAGCUCGAGGCCUGGAGACGGACGAAGCCACGCUGGACGAGGUGGCCAAGGCGAUGCUGUACGUCCCCAAAGAGGAGAGACUCUUCUCAGCCCAAGGGUGCAAAUCCAUCCCGCAGAGGAUCAACUUCUUCCUCCCCUAGACGGAGACACUCACAGACAGAAGAGAAAGAAGAGAGAGACCUGGAGGAGGUGUGAGAUGCUCGACCAGCCCAUCUGCAUGCAGAGCCUCGGAGGAGAUGUGCUCUGCUCCGCCUGCUUCCACCCACAGAUGCGACCUGAAGCGUCUGUCCAGGUCCCUCACAGGAGACCAGGCAGUGGGGCAGAUCCAGCGUCGGAGGGCAGAGCGGCGUCCUGCAGAGAUCAGCGGGGGGCAGGGGGGCAGGUGGGCAGGGGGGCGUUGGUCACGUGGAGGGCGGCUGCUUCUCCUUCACCUGCCUGGUUCCACUCCUCACAGCAUCAAAGCCAAGAAGACGAUGCUUGUGCAGCGGUUUGAAUAGAAAGAUGCAUCUUCUGUCACACUGUUUAUGUCAGUUUUUUAAGUUCCGAGACGUUCGCAGUUCACGUGUUUGUAUUUGCAUGUCGCUCACCGUGCUUGAAUUAUUUAUUGAUAUCAUCGGUGCCGUAUUUGAACAUUUUACUGUGCUGGAUUAUUUUAGUAAUGAGAAUAUUAAAUGGCCAAGUGUUGUGAACAGUAAGGAGAACAGUGAUGGAAAUGUUAAUUGAAAUUGUUCCUGGAAAACAAUUUGUCAGAAAAAAUCAGCUAUUUGAGAGUCAGCUUUAUUUAUGUAACUGUAUUUAAUAAUAUUGUGUUUAUUAGUUCCUUUUUAUUACAGUAAUUUUAGUGAAUUUUGUACGAACCUGGAUCAUCUUUCCUUAACCCUCCUGUUGUCCUCAUUUACGAGCACCAAGAAAUAAUGUUUCUUUGUCUGAAAAAAAAAUCAAAAAUUCAGCAAAAAGAUUCACCAAAUUUCUGAAAAUUUGAAAAACCUUUAGGAAGAAAAUUCCAAUAAUUCCUUAAAAGUUUCCCUUAAAAGUUUUAUUUUAAAAAAGAUUCCCCAAAUUUCUGAAAAUUUGAAAAACCUUUAGGAAGAAAAUUCCAAUAAUUCCUUAAAAGUUUCCCUUAAAAGUUUUAUUUUAAAAAAAAUUCCCCAAAUUUUGGAAGAAAAUUCCUGUAAAUAUUUUUCAAAAAUGAGUAAAAAUCUUCCAAAAAACUCCUAAAAAUAUCUAAAGUGAUUCCAUAUAUAUCAGUAAAAUUUUUAAGAUUCUCUUUAAGAACAUUCACAAAAAAAAAUCAACCAAAAUCCAGCGAAAUUUGCUGGAUUUUGGUUGAUUGUUUUGUGAAUGUUCUUAAGAAACGUUUUCAACAUUUCUCUUUUUCCACCAAAAAAUGUUCAAAGAUUUCCCAAAAAUGUUGAAAAUGUGGACAUCAGAAGUUUCACUGUGAAAUUAUAUUUUCCACAUUUUCAAACUUUAAAACGGGUCAGUUUUGACCCGCAGGAUGACAUGAGGGUUAAUAUUCAGGAUGUUACUUUGGGUUGUAGUUUAUUCUCUGAUGUGCUUUAUUUCUCACCCACUCAUUCACUGUCACACGGUUCUUGCUUUAGUGACUUAGUUCUUUAAAAUUUCACAAUAAGAGCACAGAAAGAAAUUCUGAGACGUGGAUUAGAGGAAUAAACAGUAAACCAAAUACACAGCUGUUUAUUUCUUGCAGUGAUUUGAAGGCAUUUGUUGGUUUGCAAUGUAAAUGGUCUCAAUUAUGUAUUUGUUAUUUUCUAUGGAGUUUUGUUUUGUUUUUUUAAACGCACAUCAUACCAGAGGUGGUACAAUAAUCCUGCACAAACCCAGAGCUGGAGGCAUUUGUUAAUAGAACAGUUUUUAAAUCCAAAUACAGAAAAUUCACUGGUUUCAGCUUCUCAGAAGUGCAUAUUUGCUAUGUCUUUGCGAUCUCCAGUGACUGUUAAGAAAAUCUUUCGAUAUUGGAGUGUUGAUUGGACAAAGGAAGAAAUUAAAAUUCGACAGCCCAACA